UGGUGGAGGAGAAGAAGGAGGAGGCGGAGGGCGGAGAGCCGAGGGAGGGAGCGAGCUGCUGAGGAGAGAUUGUUUGGGAGCGUCACAGCGGGGCCUGCUGGCCUUUUCGGCUUUCGGCUCUGCGAGAAACGGCUCGGCCCGGCCAUGAGCUGCCGGGGGGCGCUGCCAAGCGAGCGGGGAGCUCGGCAGAGGAAGAGGAGACGAAAUGGCAUAGAGGAGGAUGUCCACAUCCCACAAACAAAACGCAGUAGCCAAAAUGCUGUUUUUCAUGACUCCUGGGAUACAGAGUCCUCCAGCAGCGAGAGCGGGAGCACCAGUAGUUGCAGCAGUAGCAGCAUCAGCAGCCCUGACAGAGCUAGUGGGCCGGAAAGCAGCCUACACCACAUAAUGCCAGGAUCAAGUCCUGUGACCCCUCCUCAGUCUUUCCAUGAGCAGUCUGCACUAUGCCAAGGUCCUUACUUCCACAUCAACCAGAUCCUGAAGGAGGCGCACUUCCAUAGCUUACACAGCAGGGGCCGUCCUCCCACAUGAUGAGCCUAGCAGUUCCCUGCCUUCUGUGAAGGGGGACGGCACUGUGUGAUGGGGAUAUUUCAACUUAAAAGUUUGUUAAAAUUGCACAAAAUGCCUGUUGCCUUUUCAGUCUGUAUUUGGAAUAACAGGUUAACAGGCAAUUGUUUACUUGUGGUUUGCUGCACUAUUGCAAUGCAAAAGGGGCUUUGGAGCAAUUUUUAUAGGAUUCUUUUGGGGGAGGGAUGGAGGGUGGAUAUCUUUUGACAUGUCAUGAUGGGUCUGAGAAUCCACUUCUGUAUAAUAGGAGUGCAUAAUAAGUCCAGUCUGACCUCUUAAUCUGUUCAUUAGUAACUGAUGCUUUAUGUAAAAUCCUUUCAAACAUUUGCGUUCAGUUUUAUAAGUCUUUUUUUAAUUUCAAUAAAUAGUGAAUAUGUUUUUAUGGUAAA